UAGAUUUAAUUAGGCAUUUGCUCAGACUUUGAGCGAUAUCUUCAGCUCUAUAUGAAAAGUAUACCUAAUACACACCAAGAAAAAACUUUUGCCCCUUUACAGAAGCUUUCUAGAAAAGCUCUCUCUCUCUCUCUCUCUCUCUCGGAAAUUCCGAGUUGGGCCCGAUGUAAAUUUGGUGGUUGAACAAAGCCGAGAUGCGCACUAAACCCACCAAAUAAAUUGUGCAUACAAAUUGUAAGAAUAAAAAUUAUAUUGAACAAGUUUUUCCUCAUCAAAUCAAAGCCAAAAAAUUCCUUAAACAUUAAAAAAAAUACAGAAAAUGUUAUUAAACUUUAUCAGUGCUCAGAAGCGUUCGUUAAAAUCAUAAAAGGAAAAAACAUGUGGAUGGAGAAUGCAAAAAACAUAUUUUAUAAUAUAUAUCUCAUAAAAAGGAUGGUUAGGGUUUCAAGCUAUUGAAAAAAUUCAAACGUCAAUACAAUAAUAAUAGAGGAACUCACGUGAACAAAAAUAAUGUCUUCGUAUAGAAAUCAAAUAAAACAAAUCAUUGUAUUCAUUUUGCAUUUUAAUAGUCGUAUCCAGCAUAUCAGCGCAUCCUCCUUCUUAAAUGCCAAUGACUUGGUCAAUAUGGAUCAACCUUAUUUUGAUGACAUAAGCCCUAGAAAUAUUUCAGCUGUUGUCGACGAAACGGCGAUUUUGAGAUGCCGCGUUAAGAAUAAAGGCAAUCGAACUGUUUCAUGGAUGCGCAAACGGGAUCUUCACAUUUUGACUACGAACAUUUAUACGUAUACCGGUGACCAACGAUUCUCUGUAAUUCAUACGCCAAUCAGCGAAGACUGGGACUUGAAGAUCGAUUACGCCCAAGCCAGGGACAGUGGCAUUUACGAGUGCCAAGUGAACACGGAGCCCAAAAUCAAUUUGGCAAUUACUUUAGAAAUCACAGCUGAAAGUGAUGUGAGAGAAAGAAACUCGGAGAAACUCUAUUAUGACUCAAAAGCGGCACGUGCGAAAAUACUGGGUUCUACAGAGAUACACGUGAAACGAGAUAGUACAAUUGCACUCGCCUGUUCCGUCAAUAUACACGCCUCAUCCGUGCUGUGGUAUCAUGGAUCGGCGAUUGUUGACUUUGAUUCGUUGCGAGGCGGCAUCAGUUUGGAAACGGAAAAAACCGAAGUUGGCACAACGAGCCGAUUAAUGUUGACACGUGCCUCGCUGCGAGACUCCGGAAAUUAUACAUGCGUACCCAAUGCAGCCGUACCGGCCUCUGUGCGUGUUCACGUGCUCACUGGUGAGCAGCCGGCUGCAAUGCAAACGAGCAUUGGAAAUAUUUUAAGUGUAUCGAUUGCAAUCCGAAUUACGUGUUGGAUUAUCAUAUCAGAAGAAGUAUUGUUGUUGUUUAACACUUUAAGCCUAGCCGAAUACAUACUCGUACAUCGAAGUUCAAGAUGACUAACUUAGUUCAUUUAGCCAUAGACCCAAGAUGUUCUUUAAAAGAUAAGAGAAGUAUAUUCCAAUGGAACGAUUGUAAAAGAACAAGUUUACAGAAAGUUUAAUAUACAAUAGAUACCACAUAUUAAGUAUAAUUCCUAUAGUCUUAUGUAAUAAAACUUACAAUAAUAAUAAAUACUUAUAUACGUAUACA